AUGACACAUGAAGAAGAUUUUAACACAAAUCUGCUCACAAAGGCUAGGGAGUUGGUAACAGAGUUAGUAACAGAGUUGGUAGCAGAGUUGGUAACAGAGUUGGUAACGGAGUCGGUAACAGAGUUGGUAACAGAGUUGGUAACAGAUUUGGUAACAGAGCUGGUAACAGAGUUGGUAACAGAGGGGGAACGAAGUGGGGAAAGUAGUGAGGAACGCAGUGAGGAGGAACGCAGUGAGGAGGAACGCCGUGAGGAGGAACGCCGUGAGGAGGAACGCCGUGAGGAGGAACGCAGUGAGGAGGAACGCAGUGAGGAGGAACGCAGUGAGGAGGAACGCAGUGAGGAGGAACGCAGUGAGGAGGAACGCAGUGAGGAGGAACGCAGUGAGGAGGAACGCAGUGAGGAGGAACGCAGUGAGGAGGAACGCAGUGAGGAGGAACGCAGUGAGGAGGAACGCAGUGAGGAGGAACGCAGUGAGGAGGAACGCAGUGAGGAGGAACGCAGUGAGGAGGAACGCAGUGAGGAGGAACGCAGUGAGGAGGAACGCAGUGAGGAGGAACGCAGUGAGGAGGAACGCAAUGAGGAGGAACGCAGUGAGGAGGAACGCAGUGAGGAGGAACGCAGUGAGGAGGAACGCAGUGAGGAGGAACGCAGUGAGGAGGAACGCAGUGAGGAGGAACGCAGUGAGGAGGAACGCAGUGAGGAGGAACGCAGUGAGGAGGAACGCAGUGAGGAGGAACGCAGUGAGGAGGAACGCAGUGAGGAGGAACGCAGUGAGGAGGAACGCAGUGAGGAGGAACGCAGUGAGGAGGAACGCAGUGAGGAGGAACGCAGUGAGGAGGAACGCAGUGAGGAGGAACGCAGUGAGGAGGAACGCAGUGAGGAGGAACGCAGUGAGGAGGAACGCAUUGAGGAGGAACGCAGUGAGGAGGAACGCAGUGAGGAGGAACGCAGUGCGGAGGAACGCAGUGAGGAGGAACGCAGUGAGGAGGAACGCAGUGAGGAGGAACGCAGUGAGGAGGAACGCAGUGAGGAGGAACGCAGUGAGGAGGAACGCAGUGAGGAACGCAGUGUAUAUUGUCCCAGUCUAACAGGCAAUGGAAAACGUCACCAUCAUCACUCGACAACCACAACAAAGGCAGACAGCAAUAUGGCAAGCUAA